AUGAAAUCUCUCACUUGUUUAGAAUUACAGGUGACUUCUCAAUUAUUCAUUUCAUUGCCUUUUAAGGGUAACUCUGAGAAUAGCUCUGAUGUAACUCAACACAUUCAUGCAGGAUCUAAAUUAUUGAAGGAUAGACAGACUGAUAAAUUCCUGAUUUCUGACGAGCCCUCAAUUUUUCAGAAUAAUUCCUCUAUGCUUCUGCUGAAAGCGCUUGAUUGUGUUGUCUCAAGCCUGACAGAAGAUUCUGCAGAAACUGAAACCAAUAUAAGCAAUUCGCAAUUAUCAACUAAAUUGAGUAUUUGUAAGGCAGGAGAAGCUCAAGUAUUACCCAAGAAUACAAAAAUUUUCCAUGAUUAUAUAGUAGUCCAAGAUUUUAUACAAGAAGUGUCUUUAGAGUUGAUAGAUGAAAAUAAUGGUGAUCUCGAUAGCGCUUGGUCAAAUCAUUUUAUGAGAGUCAUACAAACUCAUGUUUCAGACAAGUUUGAAGAAAUAAAAAAGAAAGCAAGUAAUGGGAUAGCGCUCCUGAAUGGUCAACAUGCUGUUCAAGAGUAUUUGGUUAACGUACUGAGCUUUCCUAUUGCUCUGCUUAUAAUAUUUUUUUAUUACUCACACUUUACAAUUACUCACAUCCUUCCACCUUUACAUUUACAAAAGAUUAAAGCUAAAUGUCGAAACGGUAGAUUAAAAUUAUAUUGGAACGAAAUUAUAUGUGAAAAGGAGAAGAUCUCGGUUAAGAAAAUACAUCUUACUGACAGUCUCAAAUUACUAGGUGCCUCUGGAAAGAGAAAUAUUCAAGAGUUAUUAACUGAUAGGACUAUAUUACCAAUACAAGAUGAAGAUCCUCUAAAGAUAGAUAUUAUUAAUAUUUUUAAGUUAGGAAACGAUCCAGAAACUGAUGUUUCUGUGAAUGAAGAAGAAUCAGAAAUAAGUAACUUGAAUACAUCAGAUCACGAGAUAAUUGCAUCUGACAGAUACAAUAAUGAGAAUUUUCAUUUAGACUGGACCAUUCAUACUAAGAAAGGAACACUGACAGAUAAUUUAACAAAUAUACAACAACAUGAAAAAAGAGAGAAUGUGAAACUCUUAACGGGAAGAUUUAUCAAAGAAGAAUUGUUCAAAUUAAGGAAAAAAUUAAUAUAUGAGCACACUAUUCAUUCUUUCAUUCUAGAUGUCAGUAAUAAGACAAUUAAACUGCAUUUCAGUAAGAAAGAAGAACGUGAUGAAAUUGAUUCUGCAUCCGAUCUACAAAUACCUAAUAUUUCAGAUGAAAUAAAUGAAUUUCUAAUGGAGUUCCUUGACAAGAUAAUAAUUAAUUUACAUGCUGUUGACAAAAAUGUAUCACAACAAGUUAUCAAUCUUCUUUCCUGA